AUGGAAACAAAUUAUCUUUUAAGAAAAAGAAGACUUUCUCCAAUUAAAGAAAGAAAUCCACCAUCUAUACUUGAUGAUUAUGUAGAUAAAUCUAGGACACACAUAUUUGAGUAUAACAUUUCUUUUACAAAUUGGAUUUUUUUUUUAUCUUUAUUUAUUUGUAUAGUAUGGAUUUCAUUUCAUUUACAUACUAAACUUCCUACACCAAAAGAUCCAAUAGAUUUUGUGGAUAGUUUUUCAGAAACAAGAAUAUCAAAUUUUCUUCAAGAAUUAUCUGAUAUUGGAAAUAAGCCAGCAGGUUCUAUUAAUUGUGAAUUAAAAACAUUUAAUUUAAUAAAAAAUAAAUUAAACCAAUUAAAAGAAAAAGCUUUAUUUACACAACAUUCAAUUGAAAUUGAAACACAAUAUGAAUCUAGUUGUUUUAAUAUGCCUCGUUUUGAUACAGAUGGUUUUGGAAUAUGUUAUAAAAAUAUAUCAAAUAUUAUUGCUAGACUUUCACCAGUACAUACUGGAAUAUCUCCUAGUAGAACAUCUUUACUUAUUAAUUGUCAUUAUGAUUCCUGGCCAACAUCUGAUGGUGGAUCUGAUGAUUUAGUACAAUGUGCUUUAAUGAUAGAACUUCUUGAUGUUCUUACUUCAACAAGAUCACGACCUUAUCCUAUUGAUAUUAUUUUUCUUUUUAAUGGAGCAGAGGAGUCUUCUUUACUUGCAUCACAUGCUUUUAUAACUAAACAUCCCUGGAGACAUUCAGUUAGAGCUUUUAUAAAUCUUGAAGCAUCUGGUUCUGGUGGAAGAGAAUUAUUAUUUCAAGCAGGUCCUGGUAAUCAAUGGAUUUUACAAGCAUAUCUUAAUUCAGCAAUCCAUCCACAUUGUUCAGUUUUAGGACAAGAAAUUUUUCAAUCUGGUGUUUAUCCAGGAGACACUGAUUUUAGAAUAUUUAGAGAUUAUGGAAGAAUUCCAGGUCUUGAUAUUGCAUAUGUUCAAAAUGGUUAUUGGUGGCAUACAGAAUUUGAUCAAGCUAAAAGAAUAACACCUGGAAGUUUACAAAGAGCAGGUGAAAAUGUUCUUGCUACAGUAAAAGAAUUAAUUAAUUCUCCAUAUUUUAAUAAUCCAGCACAAUAUGAAGAUAAAAAAUUUGUAUUUUUUGAUAUUCUUGGAAUUACAACUAUUGUUUAUUCAAUGAAUACAGCAUACUAUCUUAAUUGGACAUUAAUAAUAAUAUCAUUAAUAAUGGCAGCAAAAGAUUUGAUACCUUUGAAAAAUUUAUCUAAUAAUAGUUCAAAAAUACAAAAAUAUUCAUCUCAAUUUUUAACUUUGAUAUUUCUUCAUUUUAUUUCAUUUUUAUCAAUGAUUUUAUUUAUAUUUUUAUCAACAAAAGUUAUUCAAUUUUUAAAUCUUAAAAUGUUAUGGUAUUCUAAUCAUAUUUAUUCUGGAGUAUUUUAUGUUAUACCAAGUUUUUGUGGUAUACUAUCAAUAUAUACUAUAUUUGUUAGAUCAGAUACUAAUAUUAUAACAUUUCAAAAUUCAGUUAUCUAUUUUCAAAGUUUACUUCUCCUUAUUUUAACAAUACUUGAAAUUGCCUCAGGAUUUUUAAUAACAAUAUUACUUAUUUUUAAUUUAAUUAAUAAAUUUCUUCAAAUAUUUUACAAAUCAUUAAAAAAGAAAAAAACAAAAGGAAAAAGAAAUGUUGAUGGUUUUAUAAUAACAAUAUUUACAGCACCUAUUGCUUCAUUAAUGAUUAUAUAUACAUUAAUUAUGGUAUUAUCAAUAUUUAUUCCUAUUAUGGGAAGAAGUUCUGAUAAUAGUGAAAUUAUUAUUGGAUUAUUUAUUGGAAUAUCUGUCUAUUUUUCAUCACUUAAUUUUAUUCAUUUAUUUAGUAAAACAAAUACUAAUACAAAAUGUGGAAUGAUAACAACUUUAAUAUUUAUAUGGUUUGGUAUGUUAUUUUUGUUAAAAUUAAAUUCACAAAUUGGAUCAUAUCAUUAUUCUGAUGAUUUUCCUACAGUUAGAAGAACACAAUUAUAUCAUGUUCAUAGACAAUAUUUUGAAAAAAAUUCAGAUAUACCAAUAAAUUCUUCACAAUUAUAUGUUAUAGCUCAGGAUAAUCGUGGAGUAAUGGAUAUUCCAUUUGUUAAAAAUCCCGUUCUCCUACCAACAUCAAAUAAUUUAUUAAUUGAUGUAAAAUUUAAUAAUAUUAAUUGUGAAAAUAAAGGAAAAUAUUGUGAAUUACCAUAUUAUUAUCCAACAGCUAAUAGAAUUUCUGAUAAUCAUAUUAGAGUAGCAGAAUUACAUGAAAAUAAAUUUAAUAUUGAAACAAGUAUUAAAUUAAAUGAUUUAAAUAUAUAUAAUAAUACUUAUAUAUAUAAAUUUAAUAUUAAAGGAUCAGGACAGAUGUCUGUAGUGAUGUCACCAAUACAUACUGAAGAUUGUAUUAUAAAUGGAUGGACAAUUGUUGGAAAUGAUAAAAUAACAAGUAAAAGUUCAUAUGCUUUUUUAACAUGUAAUGGAAUUAAAUGUGGUGAUUGGGAAUUAAUUAUUAAAUUAUCAUGUGGUUUAUAUGAUGAAAAUAUGACAGAUAUAACAAGUGAUGAGGAAAUUUUAAAAGAAAUAAAAAAUCGUUCAAAUUUAUAUAAUAAUAAUAAUUCUAUUAAACGAUUGAAAGUAACAGUAACUAGUCAUUAUUUAUAUGGUGAUAAAAUGACAUCAUCUGUAAUUAAUGAUAUUCGUAAAGAAAUUAAAAAAAGAAGACAAUUAUCACCUAAUGGUCCUUGGGCUAUGACAGCAUCAUCAUGGCAUGCAGAAGUUGUUACAAAAAUUUUUUAA